ACCACUAACACCACAGACACUGCUACAUCAACAUAAAUAUUUAUAAACUUGACUUGAUAUACUUACUCUUUCGACUCGACUUUAACCCAAGCGAGCUACGAUAACAGCAGCAAGAGAAAUAGUGUAGCUAUUUAUGUAAAUAAAGUUUGGCGGUCAAAUUAAAAGGAUAAAUGGCACUUAAAGGUAUCAGAGUCGUUGAGAUGAUGGGAUUAGCCCCAGGCCCAUUAUGUGGAACAAUUUUAGCAGAUUUCGGUGCAAGCGUAACCGUGGUUCAAAAGAUGAAUCCAAGCCCUUUCGAUGUUAUGUCGAACGGAAAAAGAAUGAUAUCGUUGAAUUUAAAAACCGAAGAAGGUGUCAAUGUAUUAAAAAAGCUUUGUGCUACUUCAGAUGUUCUUCUGGAUACCUUUCGACCAGGCGUCAUGGAAAAAUUAGGACUGGGACCUGAACUUGUAAUGAAAGAAAACUCCCGUCUAAUCUAUGCUAGAUUAUCUGGAUACGGUCAAAACGGAUUUUAUAAGAAUAGCGCUGGGCAUGAUAUUAAUUACGUUGCUAUGUCUGGUAUCCUUUCAUUGCUUAGCAAAAAGCGAGAACCGCCAACACCACCCCUUAACCUCCUCAGUGACUUUGCUGGAGGUGGAGUACUGUGCGCUUUGGGUAUAGUGAUGGCCUUGUUUGAGCGAACAAAAUCAGGGCAAGGACAAAUAAUAGACACAAGCAUGACGGAAGGAGCAGCAUACGUAGGAAAAUGGCUUUUUAAAUCAAGGCAGUUGCCGAUCUGGUCUGGUGAACCCGGUACAAACCCCUUGGAUGGUGGAUUUGCUUGUUAUCAAACAUAUAGAACUAAAGAUGGCAAGUUUAUGGCAGUUGGAGCACUAGAACCACAAUUUUAUUCAAAUUUUUUAAAAGGGUUGCAGCUACCUGAAGAAGAAUUUGAUCAAGUGGGUAAUAAUGAACACUGUAAAAAUAAAUUUCAAGAAAUAUUUUUGCAAAAGACCCAAGAAGAAUGGUGCGAGAUCUUUAAAGAUAUUGAUGCAUGUGUCACUCCUGUGUUAGACAUAGAUACAGUUGAUAAACACAAAUAUUGGGUAUCUGAUUCUUCUUUUCAUAGAGAUUCAAAUGAUAUGGUGGUACCAGAACCAGCUCCUAGAAUGUCCCGCACACCAGGAAUAUCUAGUGCUCACAAGCCUUUGCCAAAGCCAGGCCACCAUACAAUAGAAAUAUUAAAUGAGUUAGGAUAUAGCAAACUUGACAUUGAAAAUCUUCUUCAAAAUGGGCAUGUGUAUGCAAUCAUAAAAUCCAAUUUAUAGUUAUGUUUAUAAUUUAUUUAUGGGAAAAGGGUUUUUAUCUCCUUUCUUAAUUGUAAAAAUUCUAGUUCCUUGGAACAUAAUAUUCUAUUAUUAAGGAAUACUGGAUGUACAUUUAUUAAGUCCAUCACUUUUAAUAUAUUUUUUAAAUCAAA